UCUCUCUCUCUUUCCAUGUCUCUCCCCCUCCCCCCUCUCUCUCCUCCAGUUCUGCUGCUCCGGCUCUGAGCGUCACUCUGCAUCCGACCACAGACAUGGCGACAGUGGUCCAGCCCCUCACAUUGGACAGAGAUGUUGCCCGAGCUGUAGAAUUGCUGGAGAAACUGGAGUCAUCAGGGGAUGUGCCAGUACACAAGUUACAAAGUCUGAAGAAAGUACUGCAGAGUGAAUUUUGUACUGCCAUAAGAGAGGUUUACCAGUACAUGCAUGAAACCAUCCCUAUAAAUGGCUGUCCAGAAUUCCGUGCUCGUGCCACUGCAAAGGCUACAGUUGCUGCUUUUGCUGCCAGUGAAGGUCAUUCACACCCUCGUGUUGUGGAGCUGCCAAAAACAGAUGAAGGACUUGGUUUCAAUGUCAUGGGAGGGAAGGAACAGAAUUCCCCAAUUUACAUCUCUCGCAUCAUUCCAGGAGGAGUAGCAGAGCGACAUGGAGGACUCAAGAGGGGAGAUCAGCUGCUUUCUGUAAAUGGAGUGAGUGUGGAAGGAGAACAUCACGAGAAGGCAGUGGAGCUGCUUAAGGCUGCAAAAGACAGUGUUAAACUGGUAGUGCGAUACACACCCAAGGUGCUGGAUGAGAUGGAGGCUCGUUUCGAGAAGUUGAGGACUGCCAGACGCAGGCAGCAACAACAGUUAUUAAUUCAACAGCAGCAACAACAACAGCAACAACAGACACAGCAAAACCAUAUGUCGUAGUUGUUUUGCUCUUCACCUCUAUUGCAGGAUUUUCUCAAGAAAGAAGCGCCAAUAGAACAAUGAGUAUGGAGCAAUGCCAUCUCCAUGAGCCUGCAUUCCUAAGGAUCAGACAAGAUUUAGUUCCCGUUAUCCAGCAAACAGGUGGACGUGUCAUCCUUUGGUGAGGCUAUUAAUAAGCUUUCCCUAUAAAGGUGAUGUUUUUGGUAGAUAGAAAAACUUCUCUGUUUUGGACUUCCCUUCCAAUAUUUAAUGUAUCCAUUUAAUUUAGUAUUGUGUAAAGAGGAUUAUAGAGUCUGUCACUGAUGAGUUUAUUUCUCUAGUUGGGUCUGAGUGCCUGGGAUUAUGUCUAGAAUUCCUCAUUGUUCACUGGACACAGAACUGCAUCUGCAAUCCAGUGCCCUAACAGAUCAGCACUUGUACACAACGAAGAAUAUAAUUCUGUACUGUAAAUUGUAUAAUUUACAACUUGUUGUUUGUAAUAAGAUUUAAUAUUUUUUCCUUACUAUAGUAAGUUAUCACAUUUAUACAGUUUUAAGUUUUUAGACACAGCAGCAUUAUUACCUUUUGUGUUUUGUAUGUUGAAUUCAAGCAAUGUUAGGUACUGUAGCUGCUGCUGAAUUAGAAAACGGAACUUGUAUUUUACAAUUGAUAAAUAUAUGUAGCAUUAAUAUCCAUAUUGUAAAAGAAAAAAUAUUUUUUUUUUGUCCUUGAGUGCUGUUAGAGUUUUUUUUUUUCUUUUCAUAUUUUUAUGUUUGAAUAACUGCUACUUAAUUAUUUCUACAUUUUGUUAUAUUAAAGUUUAUCCAGUGUUUAUAGUACUCAUUUAUUGUCAGAAUUAAA